GGGACGUUCUUUCAAUAUUUAUGGGGAAAACUGACGCCAUAAAAAACCCGUAGUGCAGCCGUCGUAUUUUUUUUUUAAUUAUCGAAGCCCGGCCCCUUCUACACAAAUCUCUUCGUACGCACAUACUAUAUAUCCCCCUCCUCAGCAUUUGCAAUAUUGAAAACCGCUCUUCCCCAACAGCACCGUCGCAAUGGCGUCAAACAUUUCCAUCAUAAACGACUCAGAGUUUACUGCUGGGCUGACCAAACUUCGCAACCGUUCUUUGAAGCCUUCAUCCGUCCGUGCUAUUGUAUCUCAGCUAUCCACUAUCGUGUCAAAACAUGCAGUGGCGACACCGCAUCCGCCAGUAGCCAGCGAUGAAACCAUUGCUAUCGUCGUGAUUCUUCGCUCCGGCAUUGCCAUGGUGGAACCAUUCGUCUCAACAUUGCCCGAUGACACGAAUAUGGUCAUCUACCAUCUGGGGCUUUUCCGUGAACGACAGACGCUGCAGCCCAUCGAGUAUUACAACAAACUCUCCAAGAGAAACCCCAGUAUCAAACGUGCAUAUAUUCUAGAUCCUUUAAUUGCAACGGGCGGUACCGCAGCUGCUGCAAUUAACAUAAUGAAAAAUUGGGGGAUUGAGAAGAUUACAUUUCUGUCUCUCGUGGCAAGCAAGCCGGGCCUGGAAAAGGCUGCAGCAGUAUGGCCGGAAAAUGUCCACAUCUUGGUUGGUGCAGAAGAUGCUGAGUUGGACGAUAAGGGAUAUGUGAAACCUGGACUUGGAGAUAUCGGGGAUCGUCUAUUCGGGACCAUCUUUGAAUAAGUAGACAUGAACUCUCUAAUGUAAUGAGCACGCAAAUUUUUAA